GAGGUUCGUUGGUAGUGGCUGAAAUUUGGUAAGGGCAGCCAUGGCUUUGGAGAAGCAGCUGUGUUGCUUUGGCAUUGUGCUCGUGGCGCUGUGGCUAGGGGCCAGUGCCUUCCCACCGAAUUGGACACCUAUGUCGUCCAGCUCAUCCAUCAAAACCCCCCAAAAGCCACGGCCUCCUCCUCCACAGAGAACGCCACAGGUGAUCCCCCAGACGAUGCCCAAGCCGAAGCCCCAGCCGGUUUCCCAGCCAAAGCAGAGACCUGCACCACCUCCAAGACAAACACCCGUGGAUCCUCCGGUUCAGGUCAAUGUAUGCGGCGUAAUGGAUUCUGACAAAAUCCAAUGUGGUCUACCUGGUACCAGCGCUCAGGAGUGUCAGCAAAUGAACUGUUGCUUUGAUGGUAUUCAGUGCUUUUAUGGGCAAACAGUGACUCUGCACUGCACCCUGGAUGCUCAGAUCAUUCUCGUGGUCGCCAAGGACGUCACCCUGCCUCGUCUGAAUCUGAACACCGUCAGCCUCCUGGGUGGCACUGGUGAUGCCAAUUGUAGCCCUGUGGACUCCAACUCUGGCUUUGCCGUCUACCAGUUUCCAGCCACAGCCUGCGGUACUCUCAUGAGGGAGGAUAAGGGCGUAGUGAUCUACGAGAAUCAAAUGACCUCCUCAUUCGAAGUCGGCAUUGGCCCCCGAGGAUCCAUCACAAGAGACAGUUUUUAUGAGGUGUCUGUCCAGUGCCGUUACUCCGGCGUGUCAGUGGAGGCUCUGCUGGUUGAGGUGCUCCCCGUCCCCCCCCCUCCUGGACCAGUUUUGGACGGGCCUAUCAGAGUGGAGCUCAGAUUGGGCAAUGGUGUAUGUACCACAAAGGGAUGCUCGGAAGAGUCAGUCGCCUACUCAUCAUACUACACUGAGAGUGAUUACCCCGUCACCAAAAUCCUGCGAGAAAAUGUACCCGUUGAGGUGCGCAUCCUGGAGAGGACAGAUCCAAACAUUGUUCUAACCCUGGGCAACUGCUGGACGACACCCACUCCCGAUUCCUCUGGCAUGCCACAGUGGGACCUUCUGGUGAACGGAUGCCCCUACAUGGAUGAUCGUUAUCUAACCACCUUGGUGCCAAUCUCAGGAGAUGUUGAAUACCCUUCCCACUACAGGCGUUUUAUCCUAAAAAUGUUCACAUUUGUUGACAGGCAGUUCACUUCCCAGGCACAGGAAACGGUGUACAUUCACUGUAAAGCCACUGUGUGCGUGCCCUCAGCAGGAAACAACUGUGAGCCAACAUGCGGCCGAUUCAAGAGGCAGGCUCUUUCCUCUGAUGUGAGCCAGGAGGCAGAGGCUGUUGUUAUUUCAAGUGGGGCCGUGCAUGUGAGAGCCUAAUGUGCUCAUCAGAGAAUUGGGGACAGCAGAUUUAUGAGUUACACCUAUUCAAAAAUGAUCACACGACUUUUGGAUUAAAUUAAAGCUUGACCCUAUGAAAA